AAGAAGCCAGCAAAUAGAUUCAGUCAAACCAAUUGCCGGUCCACAUUCUCUGACCUAGCUCCAUCGUUCAACGACGCCAUCCACGCUCGUUUAGAAAACAGAGACAAUGAAAACAACAGAUAAUUGCAACAGAGUGACACUAGCCUAUCUGACGGCACUAAUUCUAUUAGCAGCAAUGGAAACGACAGCACGCAAUUCAAGCACUGGCUCAUUUGCACGUUGCUCGUCAUGUUUCAAGGAUGAAGGUCCAUGUGACAUCAAUAGUACAACGCCUUACGACAACCACACUGUCGUGCAAUGCAACAAAGCCGAUGAAGUCUGUUUUACUCAAUCUUUCCUCAUAACGACUUCCAAUCCGAAUAUAUUUGCUAUCGUGCGUGGAUGCGACACUGUGCCACCAACCGGAUCCCUCUGCAGCCUUGAAAUAAUCCUCGGUCACCAAUUCAUCUCAUGCCACUGCUACUGUCGACAGACAAUUUGCAGUGUCCUUACAAAAUCUUCGGACGCCAACAUUCAAGGUUGUUUACAACCCAUUGUACUGACAUCCCAAGUGCCUACUCCUUCUAUGAGUCUAGCUACAAACGGAUUCGGACAUGGCAAAACAUUGUAUUUGACCCAAGUGCCUACUUCUUCUAUGAGUCUAGCUACAAACGGAUCCGGACAUGGCAAAACAUUGAAUUUGACAACGACGGUAAAAUCAAUACAACCAUCUGGUGCCAAGACCCCCGGUAACACCAUGCUUAAUAAUAUAGCCGUGAAACUUGGAGUCACUCUACUUCUGCAAGCAUACCUCCUAAUUUGAUUGCGCGUGAAUUAAUCUCCUAAGAGAAUUUCUUGUGUACUAUAAUAAAUAUCAGUUUACUAGACUUUAAGUAAAUAUCCAAAGUAUGACGUUGUGUUGAUAAAAUCGAAGUUUAAAGUAGUCGAUCUAUAUUUACAACAAUGCAUCGUAUUGUCACAAGAGACUGCUGUUAGUUAAAAGGAGAACUCACACCAAAUACUAAAACUUGCUGA